UCUAUCCGGCUCAGUUACACAGAGCUGUGUGAGCCACACUUAUAAAACCCUUCGCUCUUUCAUAAUUCCUCUCGUAAGGGACAAAGAAGUUAAAAGAAAUGGCCGAGAAAUUUGUCCAAAGUAAACUUAAAGCUUCUAAAGUAACAAUGUUUGAGAAGCCGUCCUGCCCGUUCUGUGUCAGGGCGAAGGCGAUUUUGAAAGGAUACAAGUUUAAGGAGGGACAUUUAGAGAUUGUCGAUAUAAGUAGCCUAGACAUUCUGUCUAGCGUUCAAGAUUAUUUUCUGAAGAAAACCGGCGAGCGGACGGUACCACGUAUAUUUAUUGAAGAGGAGUGUAUUGGUGGAUGCUCUGACUUGGUGCCUCUGGAUAGCAGUGGGAAACUAGAAACCAGAUUGCAGUCUAUUGGAGCCUUGCAGUAAGAGCACGGUAAUCAGAUGAGCUGAUCGUCAUUUCCUGUUAAUUAUCAUCAUAUGAAUUAUAAAUGAUAUCAUUAUCUACAGAAUACUCUUCUGAUACUUUGCAUGCAUUUUAUAAACAAUAAAAACAA